AUGUCAUUCUUUGCAGAAGGAAACUCCAUCACUCGGCCACCUCUAUUCAAUGAUACUAGUUAUCCAUACUGGAAGGUCAAGAUGAGGGCAUUCAUCAAGUUGCAAGAUGAGAAGGCUUGGAGAUCUAUACUCUCGGGUUGGACUCCACCAAUUGAAAAAGAUGAUGAAGGCUUUAUAAAAUUGAUAUCAUCUUGUGAAUUUGCAAAGAAGGCGUGGAAAAUUCUUCAAACUCAAUUUGAAGGUACCGCUGAUGUGAAGAGAUCACGUUUUACCAUGUUACAAACUAGAUUUGAUGAAUUAAGAAUGUUGGAAACUGAAACUUUAUCUGAGUAUUAUGAAAAGUUGUCUGAUAUUGCUAAUGAGUUUUUUUCCUCGGGAGAAAAAUUAGAUGAAUCUGUGUUGGUUCGAAAAUUUGUUCGUGUGCUUCCAGACAAGUUUGACAUGAAAUUAGUAGUAAUGGAGGAAGCUAAGGAUUUUGGCAAAAUGAAGGUUGAGGAGCUUAUGGGUUCGUUAAGAACAUUUGAACUAAAUAAAAAAAUAAAGAAAAAGGGUAAGCCGAAUCCUUCAAUUAAAAAAAGCAAAGGUAUUGCAUUUAAAGUUUCUGAAAAAGAUGUUUCUAAUGAUGAGAAAGAUGAUGAAAUGACCUUGUUAACAAGAAAUUUUCAAAUAUUCAUGAAAAAGGUUGGCCUUGUUAGAAGAGGAAGUAGUGAAGAGGAUAAUGAGAAAGUUGCUUUAACUAGUGUUUUGUCAAGUGCUUUCCAGGAAAGAGGAAAAAUUUUGUGUUUAAACAAUACCUUUACUGAUGUCGAUAACAAGGAAAUUGACUCGGAUUUAGAUGAGUCAAAACUCAAUGAGGAAUCAUUGGCUGAAUCAUACAAGGGUUCUGUUUUUACAGCUGAACGUUCUGUUUCUACAGAAAUAAAGCAGUCAGGUGAUAAAGACUUUCUUGUCAACAUCAGACCAAUGCAAUGUGGAGAAGUUACUUUUGGUAAUGGUCUGGCUGGAAAUGUCAAAGGGAUGGGAACUUUUAAUUUUGAAGGUCUACCCAGACUUAAGAAUGUAAUGUUGGUUGAAGGACUAAGAGCUAAUCUUCUUAGCGUUAGUCAAAUUUGUGAUCAGGGAAUUGUUCGAGGAUUACCCAAACUGGGUAAAGAAUUUGUGGGAAAAUGUGAACCAUGUCAACUUGGUAAGCAACUGAAAAUUUCUCACAAAAGUAUUCCUGAUGUGAAUACUUCCAAUGUUCUUGAACUUCUUCAUAUGGAUCUAAUGGGUCCAAGUCAGGUUGAAAGUUUGAAUGAUUGUAAUAUUGGAAAGAUUGUUCGGAUUAGAAGUGAUCAUGGAAAAGAAUUUGAAAAUAUUUUUUAUAAUGAGUUUUGUAAAUCUAAAGGUAUUUCUCAUGAAUUUUCCACUCCUAAAACUCCUCAACAAAAUGGAGUUGUUGAAAGAAAGAACCGAACUCUGACAGAGAUGGCUAGGGUAAUGUUAAAGAGCAAGAAACUUACCAAGUGUCUAUGGGCUGAGGCAAUUAACACUGCUUGCUACACCAUCAACAUGGUGUUUUUAUGA